AUGUAUUCUCUAAGUUCUGAUAACAACGUAUAUGUGCCUUCAUGUAAUUGGAGAAGACUUCAGAAAUCUUUACAUAUUUUAGGAGAAAUCAGAAAAAAAACAAAAAAACGAAUAAUUAAAACAGAUUUAAAUAAAUUUAAUAGUAUUCCUAGAAAUAACAAUGAGAUAAAAUGUCCUUUUUCUAUAUCAAAACAAGUUUUUUGCAAACAAAUAAAUGAAUCAAAAAAAAACACUGAAUUGUCAAAAAAAGAUUCUAAUUAUCAACAAAAAACACGAAAGGGAAAAUAUAUUGCAUUGGAUUGUGAAAUGGUUCAAGUAGGACCAUCUAAUAAAAAAGAUCGUGUUUUGGCAAGAAUUAGUAUUGUCAAUUACUAUGGAAACGUUAUUUUUGAUACAUUUGUAAAGCCAAAGGAGCGUGUUAUAGAUUAUAAGACACAUAUCAAUGGAAUUACCCAAGCUGAUCUAAAAAAUGCACCUAGUUUUGAAGAAGUUCAAUCAAAGGUUGCUGAUUUGCUGAAAAAUAGAAUAUUGGUAGGUCAUUCUUUAAAAAAUGAUCUUGAUGUUCUUUUAUUGUCACAUCCAAAAAAAGAUAUACGAGAUACAAGUAAAUUUAAAACUUUCAAAGCAUAUUCUAAAGGAAAAUCACCUGCAUUGAAAAAACUGGCUAAAGAAAUUUUGAAUAUGACCAUCCAAAAUGAUGUACAUUCUUCGAUUGAAGAUGCAAGAGCUGCAAUGUUAUUAUAUAGACGUUACAAACAUGAAAUGGAUCAUGCUUAA